CACAUAUCUUUUUUUUUAUUAUUACUUUUGGGGUGAUGGAGAAGUAUAGCAGCCCUAUGGAGGCAUGGUGAAGAGACCUUGACAAAACGAAUCAAGGUGUCAAAACGGUCAAAUAUUCCUCACAUACGAGAUCGUGAUGAACAAGAGCAAGCUGUCAAUGCGCACCCUGUGAAAGCCAACUAUCAAUCAACAGACGAUGAUGACUUUUGGGAUGAACCUACUGUUUUGGAGGCUGUGGAACAAGCUGAGAAAUCCUCAACAAAUUCAGAAGUCAACCAUCAGUCAACAGAUGAUGAUGUUUGGGUUGAACCUGCUGUUUUGCGGGUUGUACAAGAAGCUGAAAAUUCCUCUGCAAAACCGAAAAUCAACCAUCAGUCAACAGACGAUGAUGAUUUUUGGGUUGAACGUGCUGUUUUGCGGGCUGUGCAAGAAGCUGAGAAUUCCUCUGCAAAACCAGUGCGGGUGAAAAGGCCUGAGUGUUUGACAACAUUUUCUAAGGCGAACGAUGCUAUUCAGUAUGCAAAGUCAUUGGACAGUGAAUUAUGUCCAGUUGUUUUGGCGUGCGAGUUGCAGAAGCCUUGAUAUAGAUUCAAAUACUAUGUUUCACCUUUGGAGCAGUUUUUGCUAAGCUAUGCACGCAUGGAGAUGGAGAACAGGCAGUAUUAUGAGUUAAUUCCACCCAUUGAUAAUUUUUUGGAGCUGAAAAAACAAAAAAUCACUGAGUUCAGUUGCCAAAGUAAGGGAUCCGAAGAAAGUUGUUGCCCUCCGAGUUCGGAGAGUUGUGCAGCGCUUGCCAGCACUUUGCCUGAACAGGUGGCAUACGCAAAGUCACAUUGUACCCUAGAGAAUGGAACGUCGUGUUCCAUCUACUAGGAAUGCGAUUUUGCAGCUUUGUUGGAAGACAACAUUUGAGGAAUACUUGUGAGUUUCAGUUUUUGGGGAAGGCUAUAAGAUUUUUUUUUUUUUUCCAUGUGUUUCUUAAAUUUUUCGAUAUGAGUCUCGUUUCAAAUAUAUUUUUGAGAAGAAGGGUCAAGUUGUCAUCGCACUGGAAGAGUAGCGACUAUGAUGUAAGAUGAAGAAUGUGUCGUUUCCACGUGUACAAUUUUGAAUUUUAUUACGGUUCUGAUUUUCAUGUGUAUAAUUCUGAUUGUUGGGUUUCUUUCGUCUCAGUCAUGUGUGUGGUAAAUUGCGGAUCAAGAAGGUGUCAUCUCAAGUGUCAUGACACCGAAUGUAAAGGUAUGAAAAAUAUAUUAGUAACAAUUUUUUUCAUUCUCUCUCGAAAAAAUCUAAGUUUCCUUACUGUUCAGGGUGUAGGGUUUAAGCAGAGAGAGCUCCAAGGGGCCUCCAAAAAAAAAUUGCAUACACAUAACGUCUGGACCUGUGUUACAACAGAUGAGGUUCCCAACCAAUCAAGUAAAGCAAUCAUUUCGCU